AUGUUUACUAAAGUGGAAAUAGAAACGUGCGAAGGCGCUCCUUUGCUCUCAUAUAUAAGCCCUCUGCAUACAUACGAUAGCAAAAAAGGCCCUAUUUUUUCUUUCUCCCAGAAGUUUGGAUCUUUGGUCUUCAAAGGCAUUUUUCUCAACUCAGAGGAUAAGCUAAUUGCCAAGCAUCUUCUAUACUCAAUGGUUUCUGAUCUAGCAAUCACCUCAGACACCUUGCUCCUUAAAAAGCACGCCACCAUAUACGCAUAUAUUGACAACUACCUGUCCUCCAGAAACCUCGCAUUCCCUAUUCCCCGAAGAAAAACCCCAAGUGUUCUUUCCUCCGCAGCUGCCCUUGCCCCUAAGAAAAAGGUCUUUGUCGAGGUGACCGAUAAGGUGUUCCUGCGCCUGUCACACGGGCGAACUGUCAGCAGCUGCUACGGCCAAAUAUCUACAAAGCCGUCAGAAGACGUGGGCCAGAUGUCUCUCAAAAUUGACUCUCGGUCUUUGUGCGGUCUGAGAAACAUACAGUAUGACUCGUCUGUCUACAGACACCGAGAAGGCAUAACUACUCUACUCACGUGCCCAUCCAAAGACUCCACCAUCAUGACAUACACAUAUGCUGGAAGCAUAGCAGACCUUCCGCUUGUCAAGACAAUUCUUGUUGACACAAGAACCAUAGAGAUUCUUCUCUGUUUUACCUCUGGCAAGUAUCCUGAUAUGUUCUCCACCUCGCUCACCUUUGACUAUAUCAUUGGAAACAUCAGUGUACAGUGCAAGGAGGGGCUCUACGACUACCACGCUCCAAGCAGAACUCUUACUUGGAAGCUGUCCAAAAUAGCGAAAAAUGUCUCACUAACUGUGCACACCACGGAGCCGCACCGAUCAAGUGCAAUCGUAAAGUACGAGUGCAAGUACGGCAAAACUGCUAUAUCCAGCGUGAUUGUCAAGAGCCUUUCCUCAGACGCCGAUGAAAACUGGAUUAAGCACACCACAGAUGUGUCUGGUCUUCUAAGAUUGCAGAACUAG